AUGACUUCCCCCCCAUCAGAGACGGAGACUUCUGUGCAGGCCUCGCUGCAGCGCGCUGACAAGGAGAUCAAGACAGCCCUGAGAAAGCUGCUGGACUCGGCAUCCCUGCUGAGCCCUCAGGGGCAGGAGCUGGGCCCUCUGUGGUGCUUCAUGAAGCCAGCACCCAAACCCAGACUGCUGGAGGCCUCGAGUUUGGUUCAUCAUCUGCCCAAUCAUCUGCCCUCUGUGGUUGUUCAUGAAGCCAGCACCCAAACCCAGACUGCUGGAGGCCUCGCCAAAGCACAGAGGGAGGUUCCAGCUGAAGAACCAGGGGUGCCAAAGCCCAGCCCUGCUCCUUCCAGGGAAGAGGAGGCUGCUGGAGGGGAAAGCACUCGGGAACGCACUGUUCCCAUUGACAGAACAUCUCCAGAUGCAGGGGCAGGAGGCUGGUACAGGAGAGAAGGAGACGUGGUCUGGGACGUGCACAGUGAAGUUUACAUCGAGACCACAGAAAGAACUCGAGUGUAUAAGACUGAGGAGAAGACUCCAACAAGUCCUCCUUACAUGCAAGUGACAAUAGAGGAUGUGCAGGUGAACUCUGGGGAACGUGCCAAAUUCCAGGCAGUCAUUGAAGGAACCCCUCAGCCCACAGUUUUGUGGUUCAAGGGCACUUCACUGCUGACAGACAGCAACAGGAUCCAUCAGGGGAGGGAAGGAACAACUUAUUUCUUAGUCGUGGACAAUGCUGCCCUGGAAGAUGGUGGUGUUUAUACCUGUGUUGCCAAAAAUGCAGGAGGGGAGGUUUUGUGCAAAGCAGAGCUCGUCGUACGUGAAGCUAAGAAAGACCAAGAAGGGAAGAAAGUGGCCACCAGGAGAAAGCUCCACUCCCAUUAUGAGGUUAAGCAGGAGAUUGGAAGGGGCUGCUUCAGCUUCGUGAAACGGGUGGUGCACAAAGGGAACAGGGUGUCCUGUGCUGCCAAAUUCAUCCCUCUGAGGAGCAAAACCAAGUCCAGAGCUCAUCAGGAGAGGGAUAUUCUUGCCUCUCUGUCCCACGACAGAAUUACCAGGCUCCUGGAUGAGUUUGAAACACGAAAAACACUGAUUUUGAUUCUGGAGUUAUGCUCCAGUGAGGAGCUCCUGGAUCGUUUAUUCAAGAAGAGUGUGGUCACUGAAGCUGAGGUCAAACUGUACAUCAAGCAAAUUUUGGAAGGAAUCAAAUAUCUUCAUGACAACAACAUCCUUCAUUUGGACAUCAAGCCACUGAACAUCCUCAUGGUUUAUCCUGAGAGGGAAGACCUGAAGAUCUGUGACUUUGGGUUUGCCCAGAGGAUCACGCCCGUGCAGCCCCAGUACAGCAAAUACGGCUCUCCGGAGUUUGUUGCCCCAGAAAUUGUUUCCCAGUCACCAGUGUCAAAAGCAACUGAUAUCUGGGCUGUUGGAGUCAUCACAUAUUUAAGCCUCACGUGCAAGUCUCCAUUUGCUGGGGAGAACGACAGGAAAACUCUCCUAAACAUCCAGAACGGGGAAAUUUCAUGGACCAUUCCUGAUGUUGUUCACUUGAGUGAAGAUGCAAAGGACUUCAUGAAAGGGAUCCUGCAGCAGCACCCCAAAUCCAGGCCAAGUGCUUUGGACUGUCUUUCCCACAAAUGGUUCAUGCACAACGUCCCUCUUGAAGCAGCCCAUUUCAUUAACACCAAACAGCUCAAAUUCAUUGUGGCUCGGAGCAAGUGGCAGCGCUCCCUGAUGUGCUACAAAUCCAUCCUGGUGAUGAGGUCCAUCCCAGAAAUCCUGGAAAGGACCCACGACAACAGCUCCCUGGCCAUCUCCAGACACCUCAUUGAGGAAAGCACUUCAUCUAGCACCAGUGGCUCCUCCUCAGACAACGAGAACUCAAAUUUCCCCCAAAAGAAGCACUUCGGCUCCACCCCUGAACUGCACUUUCCCGUAUUUGAUGCCCCGAGCCAUCCAGAGCCUCUGAAACGUGCGAGUGAACGGGAGCACUCCAAAAGCUCCAUCCCUCCAGUAAAACCCAUGAGGAGGAAAUAUGCCUCAGUGAAAGCUGAGGUGGGGGAUAAAUCACCCACAGAAAGCAAAGAGCUCAUGGCAAGUAUCUUACAGGAGAAAGAGGAGAGGCUCCUUCCCAGCCUUCGGGGAGAGCCAUCCCAAAAAAGUAUCGCUGCUGAGCCUUCAUCCCUGAGGGCUUCCACAGAAAGCACAUCACUUGUGCAUCAGAAAGAAAAACCAGACACACCUUCAUCUGAAAAGGACAGAGGUGAAGAGGCAGAGGAUGGGGCAGAGAAGCCAUCUGCCUUUGUUCCCAGGCAGAGUGUCAUUAAAAGCACCUUCUACAGCCAAGCAACGGAGCUGCCUGCGAGGCCGCCUUCGUCACCAGGCAGGGAGUUCAGAAGGCACCUGGACAGAGCCAGGAGGACUUUCCGGAAGGCUGGCUAUUCAAAGGUGCCCCUCAGUGGCCUCCGAGAACCCCUCCUUGAGCAGUUUGAACUGGAAGAAGAAGAAGAAGAAGGAGGAGAUGAUCGCAGAGAAGCUCUGCUGGGAUCCUUGACCAAAUCCGCGUCGUUUGACACGGCCAGGAAGCCCCCACACCCUGCCAUUGCUGGUGGCAGCCGCAGCCGCUCCCUGGAUGACUACAGGCUGAGAUCCUCCAGAUCCCUGAGGGAACAAGAGAUUUUGGAGGAGGACUGUGAUGUGUUGUCCCAGGAAAGCUGCCCUGAAGGCAGCGAUCACUGCGAUGUUUCUGCAAGGGCUGGCAAGGGAUGUUCUGCAGGCCCGGCAGAGCAAGGGGACCUCAGGAGAGCCAGCAAGGAUUGCUCAGGAGAGAAACCCUCUCCCUCCACACACUGUGAGGGGAAUGGGUGCCCACCUGCUCUCAUACAGCACGUAGAGGGACUUCCAGUGUCACCUCACAGGAGUGAGAAUAAGAAGCGUUUAUUGAAGAAGUCAAAAGCCACUGAGAUUGAGGAGGACGCUGAACAUUUGGAAGGGAAAAGCCCCAUUCCAACUGCCCAGUGCUCAGAUGUAACAGCACCAUCAGCUGCAAAACAUGAGAGCACAGAGGGUAAAUCUGCCUCUGGCCAUGCCUCUGACUCUGCUUUUCAGGAGGGCAAAGAGUCCAUUUCAACCCUCACACAUUCAGAAACCACCCCAAAGUCAUCUCCUCUGAGUAAGGGAGGCGUCUGUCUGCCCCAGGAAUCUGCUCCCACUGGCACCCACCCAGAUCUAACAGGUGGAAGCUUGCUUGUCAAAAGGACAGCCCCAGCCCCACCUUGGAAAGACAAAAGGCAGAAAAACUCAGAUGAAAAGACUUUGGCUCAUGGCACUGCUGAAUCUGAACCCAUGGAGUAUGAAAGCUAUGCUGCUCCAACAGAACAAACAAAAAUUGAAUCACUUCCAGUAUGUAAAGACAAAAGUGAGGAAAUUCCUGGGAAAAGUGUUCCAGCAGCUACCGUCACUCUGGGCAAACAGCCAGGUACCCUCACAGCUGGUGAAGGUGUUCCUCAGAAGCUGAAGAGCCAUAAAGACGUGAGAUCUGCUGUCCUGGACGAUGCAGACGCAGUUGUUACAGAAAUCACUCCGCCAUCAGCCCAUGGUUAUGAAAACCAAGCACACAAGAAGGCUCCUGUUCACUCAGACACAGCAGCAGCUGUCCUGAAGGGAGAGCAGCUUGCUGCUCCCAAAAUCCCACCACCAGGAUCAGCUCUGGUCUCUGAUGGAGCACAGCAGGCUCUCAGCAAGGAGGAACUUGCUGCUUUGAGAAGUAAAACCUCAGCUGUCACAGGGGUUGUUUCCAGUUUGGCCCAUGAAGGCGCUGAACCCCAGAAGGUUCCUGAAGGCCACAGCUCAGAGCCUGCUGCUCUGGAGAGCAGACACCCAGCCAGAGCUGCCUCCUCCCAAAGCACUGUGGCCCCUCAGGUCUGGGAGGGUGAAAAUCAAGAACACCCAGAGGUGUCAGUUCACAGGGAGGUGAGAUCUGUUGUGACAGCAAGUGGAAGGCGAGCAGCUGGACAAGCUGUGGCUGCUCCUUUCCCCAAGGCUGGACAUGGGGUGCUUGAGCAGCACAGGGCUGGGAUUUCAGAUGGUCUGGAGAGUGGCAGUUCAGGUGCAUUAACUUCUUCACAACCAGAAAUUGCUCCAGCUGCAGCCUAUGAACUGGUAUAUGAGGAAUAUCCAGAGGGUUAUGGUGAGGAUGGAGGCAUUGCCUUAGAAAGUGGAAGAAGUGAUGCUGGAGAAACUGCCCCACCGCUGCUCCGCAGGGAUUACCAUGGCCAGGAGCUGUCACACCACAGAUCUUCUUUUUACAGUGAUGAGGAGUCUGCUGUGCUGGAGGGCUUGGUGGAUGAGAUGGUUUCUCUCUCUGAGGAGAUGGAUGUUUGGGCAGAGUCAGUUUCUGGAGAGAAGGGAAGCAGGAGGCACAUUUCUCCUCCCAGAGGGAUGUCCUACAAAGGCAGCCAAGCACACAUGGACGCCUCCUUCCCUUCUGUCCAACAGGGUGGAAGAGGAGAGGUCGCUGAGCAGGAUGACCUUGCAGAACCCUGCCUUGCUGUGAGUGAGGAGCCAGGAGUCCUGGAAGAGCAGGGAGCACAGACAGUUCCUCAUGAAUGUGAGCACCUGGAGGACUUGGCAUUUGAGACCUCCCCUUCCAGCCCAGAGAGCCUUUCCUCCACAGAGAGCUUGGACACUGCAAGAAGACACAUCCCAGUGAUCAAGGACACUGGCAAACACCCAGAAGUCUCUUUGGUGAAAAUCAAAGACCUGUCAGAUGAAACACCCAGUGUUGGCAGCGGCCCCCAGAAAUUCGACAUCUCAGAAGUGGAGCCUGCCUAUUUGAAUUUCUCAGAUUUGUACGACAUUGUCUAUUUCCCAUUUGAGUUUCUGAGCUAUAAGAAGCCUUCACCCAAACCAGUUCCUAGAAGGUUCAUGUUCCUUGGUGAAAGGGCAAGGUCCCCUCCUGCAGGACAUCUCCAUAAGGAUAAAAGACUGUGCAUCAGGGAGCAGGAAGACAAGAACAGGAACAACCGUUUGGAAAUAUCUGAGGAUUCAAAGGCAGCUAACUUAGGCAUGGGGAAAGGGGCAGAGAGCCAUAAAGAAAUGUAUAGCUCCCAAAAGGACUCCAGUGGGAAGCAGAAAAGCUCCUUCCACAGCAAGCCUGGACUCUUUAAGCCUUAUGCAAGGUCUCAUUCAGUGGAGCAGUCAGUGGAGCAGAGUCUGAAGAAGAAAGUAAAAGCUUCUGUCGCCCACAUUUCAAGAAUCCUAAAAGGAAAGACAUCUCCUGAGCCAGAGGAAGCAGAGUUUGGUGAGCUGGGAAGUGAGGCAGCAGAAAAGGAGCUGUUAAUAGGGGCUGAAGGAUCUCUGAAGAGGAAAUCAGCACUCCCUUCAUUCAAGCUGCCAAGCCUCAUCCCAAAGGAGAAAGCCCCGUCGUUCACUGAGGAGCUCACGGACCAGGCUGCGGCUGCCGGACAGUGCGUGACGCUCUCGUGCCGGACUGCACCUCACUCCUCCCUGCACAUCAGCUGGUUCAGAGAUGGGAGACCUGUCCAGAGCAGCAGCCGGAUCCUCAUCUCCUCCACACUCAAACACUUCCAGCUGUUAACAAUUCUCUCUGUUAAUGCUGAGGAUUUUGGUAUUUACACCUGUGUGGCCACAAACUCUCUGGGCUCAGCAUCCACCUCUUGUGUCAUAAGAAAAGCAGAGGUUCCCCCCAGCCCUCCACCCCCUGACAUCGUGGAGGUCUACAAGGAUGGAGUGCAGGUGGUUUGGAAACCUGUGGAAACCAACACCCCUGUCCACUACAGUGUCCAGUGCAAGACUGAAGAUGGGGAGUGGACAACUCUUGCUUCUGACAUCACUGACUGCUGCUACUAUGCCAGAAAUCUCCCCCAGGGCUUCAUCUACAGCUUCAGGACAGCCUGCAGCAGCAAGGCAGGGAUGGGCCCCUACAGUGACCCCUCUGCCAAAGUGGCAAUCACUGCCAAGGAUCAGACGGAGCCUCGUGCUGCCACACAGGAGUCCCCAUCAGCUGCCCCUGAGGAAGAGAGUGAAGUGAUCUCACCUCCUGAGCCCUUCCCAACCUACCAGACCUACGCCUUCCAAACUGAGAUCAAAAGGGGCCGGUUCAGCAUUGUCCGGCAGUGCCGGGAGAAGGUGAGCGGCAAGACUCUGGCUGCUAAAAUCAUCCCUUACUGGCAAGAGGACAAGCAGGCUGUGCUGCUGGAGUACCAGGUGCUCAGGAAGCUCCACCACACCAACAUAGCCCAGCUGAAGGGUGCCUAUGUCAGCCCCAGGCAUCUGGUGCUGAUCCAGGAGAUGUGUGUGGGGCCAGAGCUGCUCCACUCCUUGGCACUACGGACAUCAUACUCAGAGGUGGAGGUCCGAGACUACCUGUGGCAGAUCCUCAGUGCCACUGAGUACCUCCAUGCACACAACAUCCUGCACCUGGACCUCAGGUCUGAGAACAUGAUCAUCACCGAGCCCAACCUGCUGAAACUCCUGGAUUUUGGCAAUGCACAGUUCUACACACCAGACAAAUUUAUUACCAUGGAUAAAUGCUCGGACUAUGUGGAGACCAUGGCUCCAGAACUGCUGACAGAGCAAGGAGCCCUUCCCCAGACUGAUAUUUGGUCCAUUGGAAUCACAGCCUUCAUCAUGUUGAGUGCCAACUACCCCAUCAGCUCGGAUGUGCCCUGUGAGUUCCUGAGAACAGCCAGGAAGGGGAAGCUGAAGCUGGCGCGGUGCUACGCGGGUCUGUCCGGGGGAGCAGUGUCCUUCCUGCAGAGCACUCUGUGUGCAAACCCUUGGGGAAGGCCCUCAGCCUCCGAGUGCCUCCAGAGCCCCUGGCUGCAGGAGACAGGUCUGGACAACAGGCAGCAGGCACUGGUCACCUUCCCCACCACCAAACUGAGGAAUUUCCUCAUGGAACGGGAAAAGAAGAGGGGCCUGCUGUGCUCCAAGUAUGGCCUCAUGAUUGCACAGUGACGUGGAUGUGGUGACAGAUGGGAAUCACCUCCCUGUGCCCUCCUGCACCGGGUGUUUGGUACCAAACCCUCCUACCAACCCCACUGUGUUCUGUCCGUGUGUCCUUCCUGCCACAAGCUGUUUCUGUGACUUGUGGGGGGCAAUGGGACACUGGACAGUGAAGGCAGCAAACCCAACAGUGACCUUGUAAUGUGCAGAUUUUGUACCACUGAGAGACUUUGCCAGUUUGAAGCUGAGCUGCUCUUCCCUGGGGAGCAGGGACACAUCCACUGGGAGAUGUGGCAGCAGUGUCCCUGGCAAAGGCUGAGUGUUUUAAUUCUUUUUAAAAAUCCUGAAAUGUCAUGUUCCUCUUUGACCUUCACACCCUGCUUUCCUCUGCAAAGGAUGGUGUUGGCUGUGUCAUUGCUUUGUACUCAUAACUUCAGUGUUCCUUUGAGUUUCUCUGCAGUGAUUGAUGUAUCCCUCAAUUUCCCAUAUGAGCAGCAGAAAGAGGCUUUCUCAGAGCUGUGUCUGGCUGUGUUUAGAGGAAGGAGAACAGGAAAAUAGCUCCUAAUGCCUUAAAGUUCAAUACUAAAAGUGAGGCUGUUUAUCCAGGGAUGCUCUUUCCCAACAAGUUUAACCCAUAUUGUUCCAAACCUGAAAGAUGGAGCAUCAUGACUCCUUCCCUUGCUGAGCAUGUAAAGCAGGAAUUGUGACUGAGAGCAAAGGAGCUUUCCCUGUGCUGUGGAGAGCAGGCACCAACUCAAUAGAUUGUAAAAUUUGGAAUGCUGAAGUGCUAGAAGAGAGAAACCCAAGGGCUUAGGGCCAGACUCCAUUCUCAGUUCUCUGGGAGGAGAGCUGGGUUAGACAAGACAGACACUGCAAUGAGGGCUGCCCCCCCAAAAAACCUUUCAGGACUCUGGAUCCUGUCCAAUUUAACUUCUCUCACAAAUCCAGUCAGGUUUUUGUUGGCACAGGCUGGUUCUUUGCUCUUGCUGGUGCACUUUGGGAUGGAAAGGUCAGUGCCAGGGAAAAACCUAUCUAAACAUAAAAAACAUAAUUAUAGAUUAACUCACUUGGAGUUUUCAUGCUCUUCCAUAUAUUAAUUAUUUUCUUUCUUGCUUCUCACAAUUGCAUGCAUUUGAGCAUGUCUGAGCUCUUUUAUAGACUCAACACUGUUUGGUUAAAUAAACCAUUCUGACAAGCAAAUAAAGCCACAUUUUUCUGCUGAA